UAGUGCAGGUAUUCAACCGGACUGUCACUCGGUACAGACAGACAGCACGGACGUCAAGCCAGACUGUAAGGAAUCUGGGAGAAGAAGAAAAAAGGCAGAGAUUGCAGUAGAGGAGCGGCGAGGUAAACAUGGAGGUUUGGAGCAGCUCGGGCAGAGAGGAGAGCGAGAGAGAGAGCAGCAUAAGUCAGGAUGAGGAAGAUGAAGAGGAACAGGAGCAGAGUACCAACGGUCUGUGCAGAGAGCUGGUGAAAGUGCUGUGCGCCGAGAGGGUUGGACAGGUUACAAAGACAUACCGUGACAUUGAGGCUGUCACACAUCUUCUGGAGGAGAAAGAACGUGAUCUAGAGCUAGCAGCUCGAAUUGGCCAGUCACUGCUGAAACAGAACAAGUCCUUAACAGAACGUAAUGAGCUGCUGGACGAACAGCUGGAGGUCGCAAAAGAAGAGAUUGCUCAGCUGCGUCAUGAGCUCUCUAUGCGAGAUGAUCUUCUGCAACUGUACGCCGGCACCGAGGAGAUGGAAGCUGCUGCUCAGUCACUCUCACCGAUCAGGCGAAACGAGUCAAGCUCUUCUCUCAGCAACUACGUGCAUUAUGAUUUCCUGCAAACGAAGCUGAAGAGUCUGGAGGAAGAGAACCUGAAACUUCGCACUGUGGCCGAUGAGUUGACGUCAGAGACCAGCAGCUAUGAAGAGCAGGAGCAACAGCUGAUGAUCGUGUGUGUCGAAGAACUCUCGUCAGCGAAUAAGCAGGUGGUGGCAGUGUCAGAGGAGCUGGCUCGUAAAGUGGAGGACUCUUUCCGGCAGCAGGAGGAGAUUAGCUCUUUGCUGGGUCAGGUGGUCGACCUCCAGCAGCGUUGUAAAGUGCUAAUCCGGGAGAAUGAGGAACUCACUCAGCACUUAAACACGUCCCGGGAAAGCCAGUCGCAGCUCAAAACAGAGCUGAAGGACCUGAAAGAGAGGUAUUCAGAGUGUGAAGACAUGCUACAGGAAGCCAGAGAGGACAUCAAGAACCUGCGCAAUAAGAGCCUGCCGAACAGCACAGUGCAGCGCUACAGUUCGCUGGCUGCCGUGUUCCCCAUGGACUCGAUCGCUGCUGAGAUCGAAGGAACCUUCCGCAAAGGCCUGGACAGUCCUGCUCCCUCAGAAUACAGGACCCAUCCGUGGCGUGUGUUUGAGACGGUGAAAGUGGCCAAUCAAGUUGCGCGACUGCGCUUUCGGUGCCACUCGCCACAGGUCCCCAGCUCUAGCCCCAACUCCUCCCAGUCCAGUCCAACCGGCACACCGGGCACUAGCUACUAUGGAUCUGACUCCGUCAGCGUCAACCUUGAGGACAAACCCCACUCCAUAACACCUUCACAGGAGCAGAGCCUUGUAGAAUCCAAGCGUCUGGGUCAGCCGGGCAGGCCAGGUGGCCAAGAUCUGGAAGAAGCUCUGCGUUCCCUCUCUGCACGCCAGAAGAGCCAUUCCUCUGACCGGCCGUUCUUUGAUGUCGAACGUGAGAGGAAGCUGAGGGCACUGGGUGGCAGCAGCGCAGGAGACUCUAGUGGCUUCCUUACACCCAAUGACAGCUUGGAAUCCACAGGAACCAACUAUUCAGGCAGCUCCCAGCAUUCAUCUGCGUCAUCCAGAUCCCAAUCCUACCUGCCUGAACGCCUGCAGAUAGUCAAACCACUGGAGGGUUCAGUCACUCUGCACCACUGGCAGCAGCUGGCUAAACCCAACCUAGGGGGUAUUCUUCUUCCACGGCCAGGCAUCCUCACCAAAGACUUCAGGGAAUUGGAUGUGGAUGUUCAGCAAGUGUAUAGCCUCAAUGACUUUGAGGAGGACGAGCCUAACUGGUCCAAACUCCAUAACCCCAUUCACAUCCCUACCGUCACUUCAUCUGGAUCCAACUUCCCCCACACCUGCCCCACCCACACCAUCACCAACUCUCAGAUCCUCCAUCCCUCUGUCCUGCUGUCCUCCUUAUCCACUAGCUUUCAGCCUCAUAACCUGUCCACCUCUGGGAGCAGUGAGCAUGUAAGGACCUUACCAGAUCACCAGCAUGGUUUCUCGCAUAGACCUGCCAUGAAUACGACACCCACCUUAAGUCUUAUUCAGCUGCUUCAAGAGCGAGGUAUCUCUGCUUCAACUCAGCCCAGCUUGCCUCCCAUCCUCAGACCUUCUACCAGCACUUUAGCAGCUUUAAACGAUAAAGAGCGAGACGGGGGACGUAGAGGAGUGAACCAGCAGAGGAGGAACAUUUUUAGCUUCAACCUGGUCGACAAGCUUCAGUGUCUUGGUCUUCAUAAAGUAAUAGCCAGAGGACUCAUAGGCUCGGGGAAGAUGGAAGGAGAUCCACGUCAUCCUCCUCCAACACAACACUGAACACUGGCUUUCAGCAGAGCUACUGUUUUAUGUACUGUCUUCCAUUUUGUAUGCAGCCGACCCAACCUCCUAUCAAGUCUUGUAUUUAUCAUUGAACAUUGAAACCCAUAUACACAUCUCAUAUUGAAGUGAUCUCAUAUCGGUUAUGAAUGGAUGGUAGACUGGUUUAGGUUUGGAAAUCCAAGGCGUUUUAACAGUCUGCGGUACACAAUGUAUGAUCGGUGUUUAUAUUGCGCUCUUAUGUGUUCGGAACACCGUUCUUUCAUUAUGAUUUAACAACUAGCCCUGUUUUUAUUUUUUUUAAUUAUCUGACCUUCGCCUCCAUCCUGUCUCACCAUUUGUCAUGACAUGCAUGAGCACGAUAUAUUAUUUAUAUAUAUAUAUAUAUAUAUAUAUAUAUGUAUAUAUAUAUAAUAUAUAUAUUUAAAGGCCAGUGACCUCCGAUUUGUCAGUGUACUGGAUGAACCGUGACCGUUCAUGGGUUACCCGUUAGUUGUUUUUAUGACAAUGUGCACAUUUCUACUAUUAGAAAUACUAGAUGACCUGAGCAUAUUGUUCAGGAUGUCUAGAGGGACAUAAUAUUCUACGAUGAGCUGUUUUAGAACCUAUUCCCAAAAUGCACUGGGGCACUUAGUUGUGGAUAUCCACACGCAUGACGCUUUAUACAGACACGUAAUAGUCACGGGCCUACUGUAUAGUUAAAGCUGUUGUAUAGAAUCCUUCAGAUACUUGUAAUUGUGUUGUUUGCACACGCGCACACACACACACACUACCGUAGGUGAACACGGGCUAUUAUUUGCACAUGCAGAUUUGUCGCGGUAAGAAAUCCGAGGAGCCUCCAAACACAUUCACCUUCAUAUGUUUUUGAAAGUUUUAUUCAGCAGACGCGUAUUUCCAGUCGUAUUGCCUUUUGUGAACGCAGAACUGAUCAUUGAAGGUCUUUUAUAAAUAGCACCUUAUAUUACGUGUCCUCUUGGCGCUCAGCUAAAGCAAGCUAGCGGGAAAUCCGCGUUAGACCAUUUCCACCUUAGCAUGCGAUCUGUAUAUGUACUGUACGUCAAGGUCCGGAAGGACUUACAUGUUUCCGUGUAUAAUGUUUGUCCAGAUCGCAUGGUGUCGCAUCUACAUCUCCGCUAAUCCACCUUGGUUUAGUUUCGGUCUGUAGAAAAAUCUCUCAUGAAACAACAGAAACAUGUUUGUUACUGGAAGUCUUUUAUUUAUUUAUUUUUUUAGCCUGAGAUAUGAUUACAGGAUCAGCCAGGCUCCUUCAUGAGACGGUCUGACUGAUCAAUCACAUCACGAUCGUGUUCGGUGCCUUACGCGUGGCGUGGACGUGUGUUCUCCGCGGUCCGGAUACAAAUUGCUUCGAUACAGAUUUCGAUCUGGAUCCAGGUUUCUGAAGAAGGAACUGUCGUUAACGUAGCCAAGCAGCUGUACAGCCUUAGUACACGUAGCUCGAAACUUGAACGAUUAAAGCGAUCACUCAGCUACAUAUUUACAAUUGCAUUUACUCAGCGCUUUUCUAGACACUCCAAGCGCUUUACGUAGUAUGGGUGGGGAUCUCCUUAACCAGCACUAGUGUGUAACGUCCACCUGGACGAUGCCACGGCAGCCAUAGUGCACCAGAACGCACACACACCAGCUAUUAGUAUUAUGAGGGAGUGAUGUAGCCGAUUCAGAGGUGGGGAUAUAUUGGGGGAGAUACAUCUUCCUAAAACCCUUUCCACACGUACGUAGAUCUGUAUAUUACACGCAUCCAAUCAUCCAAAUCAGAACUGAGAUUUCGGUCGCCUGUAGAACUUUUGACAUGCUUGAGCACUACGCUACUGUAGAAAUGGUACUGCGUUAUAUAAUGCGUUUGCAUUUGUAGUAUGGGAAGUACGGGGGGAAUCAGAAUGAACAUAAUCACUGAGUGUACUGUAGACUUAUUGAUUACAAGUCUGUCGCGUCUAUUGAUUGUAUUUUUUUUUUUUCUUUUCUUCUUCUGUUAUUAGGUCUGUAAAUACGAUGCCAUUCGUUUGCACCUACGAUCACUGUAAUUAUUAUAAGAAAGCCGUAUUUGGAAUAGGAGCCGUGUACAGUAUUGAAGCGUAUGUGAAGGAUUGUUGGAGGGUUCCAAUAAAUACAAGAUUUUGACGUA